AUAUGUCAAAAAUUCACAACAAAAAUAUCAAUAUUGUCAAGAUUGUCAUAAGAAUUGUCAAAAAUAGUCAUAGUGAAUCGUAUUUCGUGUACAGUAUUAAUUCACAGUGUCUUUUAAUAUUAAAAAAAUGUUUUCAAUUCAUUUUAUGAGUAUAAACUUAUUAUCUAUAAAAAGAUGAGUAUAAUAAGCAGAAUGGAAUUUCAAGUUUCUUCAAAUGAGUAUUAUCAAGUCCUUUGAUAAAGGAUUUUACCGAUUUUAACAAUUUUCUCUAUAAGCAAAAGUUCUUUAACAUAAAUAAACAAUGGCAACUGCUCAAGGAACUCCAGAAUCUGAUACCGGAAGUUUUGAGUGCUUUCAAAAUUAUACAGCACCUGAAGUUUUUAUCCAAGGUUUCGCUGGAAUUGUCGAUCAGCAGGAUGUCGAAUCAAUGAUUCGUGCUCAAAAGCAAAUGUUGCAGAGAUUUGAAAAAACAAAUGAAAUGCUGACAAAUUGCAAUCAGUUAUCAGUGAAUAGAUUAAAAACUGCGGGUACUGAAUUCAAAAAGCAUACAGCUCUUUUAGUUGAAAUGAAAAAGGACUUGGAUUAUAUAUUCAAGAAAAUACGAUUAAUAAAAAAUAAACUCAAUCAACAAUAUCCUCAAGCUUUUAGUGAAGCUGUCAGGAGCAGUUUGGCAGAGGAAGUUAUUGUCGAGGACAUUGACUGUUCAACAAAACCUUUAGAACCUGAAAUUGUACCAAUAUCAACACCUGCAACAAAUUCAGUUCCAGAUCCGGAUUCAGAUGUUCCCGUCGAGGAGUUUCAGUUUGCAAAGCUACGGAAAAGGAGGAUCAAGAGCAACGACAGUUCAUCAACGGACAGCAACAAUGAUAAUGUCGACACAUCAUCCUGUACUUCAGACACUGGUUAGUCACACAACGGAAAAAACAUCGAAAAAUAAAGAACAACAAUUUUUACGGCCUUCUAUCACAUUAUUUCCCUGAUAUAUAUUCAUUUUACCUGAACUUUUAAAUAGCCGGACAAUAAAUUUUUCAAUUUAUUAAAACUAACUAUUAUUUAGUAAUAAUUAAUUAUUAUUAAUAAUUAUAAUUAAUUAUUAUUAUUUAUUAAUAUAAUUAUAAUUAAUUAUUAUCACAUAUUAAUAUAAUAAUCUUAACUAAAUUUUUUUGUCAAAAAUAAAAUCUCUUUUUAAUUUUCCUAAAAUAGAAUCAUUGGUGAAAAAAGUAAUGUAAGAAUAAAAUUUCAGUAAAUUUUGUCAUCGCGAUAAAUAGAAAUUGGAAAAUGUCUUUUUAAAUCUAUUUUUCAAUAAAUUUUAAUUUCAUUACUGUCACUUCAGUCCAAAUCGAGCCAAUCGAAUUUAAUAUUAUUGUACAACAAAUAGUGCAAAUGUACUAUUGUUUCAACGAAUUUAUCCACAGAAAUCAAUUUUGACAUUUUUUUAAGUCACAAAAUAAUUCUAGUCUAAGUAUAUUUAAAAUUUGGAUAAUAAAAUGCAUAUCAAAA